AUGUUGGCCGUGACAAACAGCACGACCAAGUCCCCCAUUGCACUCACAGCUCAGCCGUAUCUCUGCGGUGGCUCGGCCGCUGUCUUUGCUGCGGUCGCUAUCCAUCCCAUCGAUCUCGUUAAGGUGCAUCUGCAGCUCGCAGGUCAAACUGGAGCGAACGUCACGGGCCUGAGCGUCACUCGCUCGGUCAUCGCUCAGCAAGGCAUCUCUGGACUCUACGCCGGUCUCUCCGCUGCCGUGGCCCGUCAAAUGGUCUACGGCACCGCGCGGCUUGGCAUGCAUCGAGCGUUCUCGGACAAAAUGAGUGCCCGUCGAGUAGCUAAGGGCGAGAGCGCGACGCUGCCGCUAUCGAUCAAGUCUGGCUCUGCUAUUGUCACGGGUGGGAUUGCCGCCACGUUGGGCUGUCCCAUGGACGUCGCUCUUGUGCGGAUGCAAGCCGACACAUUGGCCAAGACAGGCGAGACGCGCGGCUACAAGAACGUCAUGGACGCGGUGUUCCAAAUUGCUCGGUCGGAAGGAGUGGCGACGCUCUGGCGAGGGAGCAUCCCGCUCGUGGCUCGUGGAGCGGCCAUGAACCUUGGCAUGAUGGCGUCGUACGACCAGGCGAAAGAGAUGAUUGCGGCGCAGUAUGGCCACGGCUUUGGGACGAACAUGGGCGCGAGUGCCGUCUCGGGCUUUGCCUGUGCCUUCACGUCCCUGCCGUUCGACCUGGUCAAGUCGCGGCUGAUGAACAUGAAGGUGGACCCGGUGACCGGCCAGAACCCGUACUCGGGCGUGACGGACUGCUUCAAGCAGAUCAUCACGAAAGAAGGACCGUCCAAGCUCUGGCGGGGCUACUGGACGUACUACACACGCUGUGCUCCGAACGCCAUGAUCGUGCUGCUAGUGGUGGAGCAGCUCAAUGCAGCAUACAAGAAAGCGUUCCUCGACUAG